CUCGGGCAAAGCUCAUUCUGAGGGGUCCUUGGGAGUAGGCUCUUUUCGGUUGAAUGCCUGACGAGUGCUUGACGGUCGUUGACAAUAUUGCCAGAAGCUCGGCUGCCUGCUGCAGAUCUAUUAUUGCAGGACGUAACUUGCGAGGCAACGCUCCCACUCCUCGGAUCCGUCCUAGUUCCCAACCGCGCAUCUUUCUAUGCCACCACCCUGGAGAGCUGUCGCAGCGGGCGGGACGAGCCCGGGAGUGCCGGGCUAGGCUUGAGGUCCGUGCGUGAUUGAAGGAGUGGGGCACAGCAAGCUCCCCCCAGGCGCAAAUCGCAUCGCAUCGCAUCAUCGGUUUGGCCAUGUCAUUCUUGCUGGGCUCACUCUCGAAAAAUCACCAAGCAGCUUGCGAAAAAAAAAACACCCGGACAGUGCUACCCGACUCACAAGCUACAGCCGCUUCGACGCCAGCUACACGCCUGACCUGCUUCCGGCUUUUUGGACCCGCCGACACGCUGGCGUCUCCCUCAUUUCUCUGGUCAAAGGGGCCGUCUCCAGGUCAAGGUGACGCGCCAAGGGAGACUGCGCCCAAGACGAUGCCCGCUCACCCAGACCGGCCGCCGCUCGCCCCUCAGCUGUGCUUCUCUACGUCUGCACUGAGAGAUUUCCUACGGCUUUCGCGCGGCGCAAUCGACGACUCCAUCUCCCAGAACCUCAAUGCGCUGGUGACGCCGGCCAAGGACGGUUUCGAUCCGUCCACGACGUCGCAGAGGAUCCCGCGUCCGCUCAACAGGCCCAUCGACGGGGCCGCCUGCCGGCAGUUUAAACAGAAUGUGCUGUUCCCCUCGUGGAAGACCCGUUCGGACCUGAUAUCGUACUGCACCAUGGUGGCGACCAGUCCGGACCCGAACGACCCAUCGGCGGCAAUACGAGAGGCCGAGGAGUCCAAGAACAAGGAGAGGGUAAUCGACGAGAGGUUAGAUCCGUACUCGGCCCGCUUCUUCCCGACAGAGCCGCGGACGGAGAGGUUGGCGAUUCUGUUGCGGCAGGAGCGGGGUGUGGAAAGGAUCGUGAGAAGGCGGACGUGGGAGGUGAUCAACGAGCGAUGCGGGAGCGAUGACGGAGAGAGUUGGGAGGAAGCGUUUGACAAGUGGCAAAAGGCUGCAAGACAGAGCUGAUGUUUUUGUAUUUUACCCCAGCCAAGGGAUCAUGUUGUAUCAAAACGGCACUCGCCUUGUAUAAAAGAGUGAAAUAUGAAUAAUUGCAAACCCU